ACUUAUAUUAGAAGAGUAAAACAGAUUCAAAAUGAAUGAAUCACUUAAAAAUGACAUUAACUACAAAACUGCCCAGUCGAUUUCAUCUUUCCUGACAGAAUUACAAUCAACUAUAGACAAUUUCCACAAAAAAUUCGAUCAUGCGUAUGAAAAAUAUUUAGAUGCUUUCAAGAACACAAAUAAUGAUAAAAAUUCAACGGUUUCAAAGAAAAACAUCCCAGGCUUUAAGUCUUUUAAUAAAGUUACUAAAAUAUAUGAACAUGUGUCGAAAACACUAGAAAAAUUUAUUUCAACAUUUUUAUACGAUUAUACGGAUAUUUUGAAUUUGGCGCUUAAAAUAAACGAAUUAAAAAAAAAAUUUAGUGUCUUAUCUGAUGAAUAUAAAUAUAAUGCUAAUUAUCUAAGUCUAUCUGAAAUGUAUAAUUUGAAAAAAAAAUUGAAUAAUGUGGUACAAGAGCAUAAUGAUUUAUUUGUUACUUUUCAAUCAUGUAAUACGCAAUUAGAAAUUUUGAAAAAUAGUUUAAUGAAGGGUAUGCUCAUUUAUAAAUCACCAAAAUCGGGAAAAAAAUUGACUUUGUCAUUAAAUAGUGAAUUGGCUGAAUUUAAUUAUCAUAUAGAAUUAAGUUCACAUAGUAAUUAUUCAGAAAUAAAUAAUGAGUAUACCAAAAAAUUUGAAGAACGCCUCAAACAAUUAGCUAAUGGAUUAACAUUACUACCUAUAACUCCAUUGAAUCAUAAUAUUAAUGUUAAUGAUAAAAACAAUGUUGGCAAGGAAAAUUAUGAAGGAACUGGUGAAAAACGUAAUUUCGAAGGGAGAGUAAGAAAUGACAAUAAAUCGAGAAUGAAUUUUAGUAAAGGUAAAUUAAAAAGUAAUUUAGCCAAAUUAAACAAUAUUUUAAAUAAAAACGAUAAAUUAACAGAUAAAGAGGUGGAAUUAUUGAAAAAUCAAUUGUCAUCUUCGAAUUUGAUUAUUAAGUCAAUGGAAGAUGAAUUAAUGAAUAUUAAUCGUAAAAUGAAACAUAUGGCCACUGAAAGUUCUAAAAACGUUGAUUUCCGGGAACUUAGAUUACAAUUAAAUGAAAGAAAAAAAAUGGCUUUUAAAUUGUUGAACAAUCGCCGGCAAUUUUCAGAAAUAAUAAAACAAAAAUUAGGAAUUACAGAUAAUUAAUGAAAUAAUUAUUAAUUUAUUAC